GUUUUUAGUGUUAGGCUGGGAGCUUACUUUACCUGGAGCUUACUUUACCUAAAUUGAAGAGACAUCAAAUUGUCGGCAGAACCCGGCUGAGUUUUGGGGAAGACAGCAUGACCCGUGUGGGGUGCCGUGUUGCCUCCUGAGCUCUUCAAAAGGUGGCUUCCUCUGAUCCUGCAGAAGAUAAGAGCUAGUGUAAUGGCACCCCAGGCGAACGGCACCCCGCUGGUCGACUCAGCAAGCAACAUGGAGACGAUUAAAAGGACCCCGGAAAGGACGGAUUCCUUGAUAGAGCGCCUGCUUCUCAAACUUUAUAGAUUUCAGCAAACCUUGCUGCUGAUUGCCAGGGUGCUGCAACCCUAUGUCGAUUAUUUUGUGCAACCCUUGCUGCUGAAGGCAAGGGAUUUGUUACGCCCUAUGCGGCGCCGGUUAGAGCCUGUGCAACGCCUGUACGCUGUCGGCUGGCAGGCAGCGUUGUCUUCCUACAUCAUUGACAAGUUGAUGGCGUCUAAUGGCAAACUUUUGGAGGAUCUUGGCAAGGGCUUCGACAAAUGGGGGAACCGCUUCCUAGGUCAAUAUAAAUCUCCAGCCGGCAUCAAAUACAACCUGACUCUGAUUGGCCUCCUGGAUAGGAGCUUCGACCUUGAUCAACACACAGUCAAAACCUUCCCCGCUGAGUCUCCCAGCGCCCGCACCAAUGCCGAAGUCUGUGCCAUGGCUGCCAAACUCAUCUAUGAGAAAGAAAAACUUGUGGAGGAAGUCAUUAAUGACUUGUGGAACAAGGGCCUACCAGCUAAGAAGGCAAAGGACACAAAGGCAGAGGACACCAAGGCAGAGGACACCAAGGCAAAGGACACCAAGGCAAAGGACACCAAGGCAAAGGACACAAAGGCAGAGGACAUGAAGCCAAAGGACACCAAGGCAGAGGACACCAAGGCAAAGGACACCAAGGCAGCGGACACCAAGGCAAAGGACACAGAGGCAGAGGACACCAAGGACACAGAAAGGUUUAAGUUUAUUGAUUGGUAUGACUACAAGACACAGGGAAAGAAUCAAGUUGACACCCAGGCGAUGCUGUUCAAGAAGGGGACAGCUAUUGUGGUCGUUUUCCGCGGCACAGAGCCUUUCAAAGCCGUAGAUUGGGCAACUGACUUCAGGUUCGCCUGGUGGGAUGGGAUCCCGGCACUCGGCAGGGUGCACACUGGCUUUCUUGAGGGCCUGGGCCUCGCGGACUCGGAGGAAACGGACGACUCCAGAAAAGCUCCGGUCAAAACUGCAAAAGGAGAAGAGCAAAAGCUGCAAGAGAAUCAAAAGCUGCAACUUUUCGCAGAGUACAUUCACCAUUGCUUGACUCGCUACCGUCAGGAAGCCAAGCGCCGUGACAGCGCCGCGGGAAGGAAGAGCUUGGCACUCUUCCGCGACCCCGAAGCUCCGGACUCCGGCGCAACGCCCACGGACGAGACCAAGGCCCUCGCGAAAUUCCUGAACCAAUACGUUCUCGAGGAUGACCGCCAAGUACCAAUAGAGAAAGGGACCCCUCUGUCUCAGCCUGAUGACCCCUACAACAGCGACAACUCGAAAAAGUACUUACCGCCUGUUGACCCCUGCGACAGCGACAACUGGAAGAAGAACCCACCGCUGUACUGGCAGAUCCGGCUCGCGCUGGAGAAGUUGCUGUCGGAGGAUCCCAAGGCGAAGAUCUACAUCGCUGGGCACAGCCUGGGCGGCGCGCUCGCGGCCCUGUUCACGGGGCUGCUCACGGCGGAAGAUGACGUCAUGACGGAGCGCAUCGGUGGGCUGUACACGUUUGGCCAGCCCCGCGUCGGCGACUGGUCGUUUACGUGGUACCUGCACAACAAGCUGAACCUGCCCGAGCUGCGGUUUGUGCGCCUGAUCUACUCCAAUGACCUGGUGCCACGUGUACCCUUCGACAACUCGCUGUUCCAGUACAAGCACCUGGGGCCGUUCCACUGGGCCGACCCCUUCUACAACGUCACGGUCGGUACGUUCAGCGACCAGCCGGCGCUCGGCAUGGUGACGCCAUACUUCACGGCAUUUUUGGAGCUGCUCUACAACGUGGUGUGGAACGACAUCGCCAACGUUCUGUUGCGACCCGACGGGCACACGAGGCCCCGGGAGAGUGCAUUUCAGGUGCUGGCCAGAAUGGGCUCCAUUUUCUUCCCCAGGAUCGGGGCACACAAUCCGAUUAACUACCUGAACGCCGUUCGCUACGGCUUCCCGCAGGGGAUAGCAAAAGAGCCACCAAUUAAGGAAGCCACCGGAGCACCUUCGGUUGCGGUGGUGGAGUAGAGCGUGCAUUUGCGGAAGGAGGGACGUUGGGGAAAGGCGCCUGUUGAGAAUGGGUGUAGAGAAGAUGUCGAGUCAUGUAUCAUGCGGCAAGAAGGAGCGUCUGUUAAGUGUGGGAAAGUGGGAGCCUUCUCUGGUGGGAGAGGCUACGGUGGGAGAAGGCGUUUAUGCCAGGUAAAUAUGUGGGCGGGGUGGGGGUAAGCCUGAAGGUAUCCAGUACAGGCCGUGCCAGAUAAACAUCCGCCAAAUAGAUAUUACAAGUGUGAAUCGUUAUGUUAAGCAUAGGACCAUGCAGGAUAUUUGAUGCCAAGCUCAGCAAGCUGCGCAGUCGGUGUCGGCAGUGAGCAUAUCCGCCUGUUCUGUAAACAUAUUUAUCGAGUCACUCUGUAGACGAAAGUAUCUAAGGAAACAGCAAUCUGGCAAAAGGAGUGUAGAAGAUUCAUACCGAGUGGAGUUGGGAGCCGCACAUCACUGCAUCGGCUGCGCCUGUGUUUAGGAGACUCUGUGGCUACUGUAGCCAGCUCCAUCAAAAUAGGCAACCCGAACAGCAAACUUAGCCAGACCGUACGCACAACACUUCACCUCUAAUAUAAAAGACCAUAUACGAACAGAUCGAUAUACGUACAUGCUUGGAUAGACGAGCUCGGCUUCUGAAGCCAAACUAAAAGUCAAACGGGCAUGCACGCAUGCUAACUUACAGCACAUCGUACAUGACGGAAAUAUCGAUCCCG